UUAAACAAACUUAUGUGAAAACCCUCAUCUACUAAGCAGGCAUAUUGGGAAUUUAUUCUUUGGUUAAAACAUUAACCUUUGAGACUGCGUGCCGUCAUAGCAGUCACGUCACGCUCUGUACCGCUCCCCACCGUUGCCCUGUAGCAGCAGCCGCAGCCCCCGAUGCCAGCCCCAGAGGCCUCCCGUACCCAGGUCCAGGUCCUGGCUCCACCGCCACUGUCCAGUCAGUUCGCUGCUACUCCCAGGGGGUCGCAUGAAACAGAUGGGGAGUUUGAUGCUCACCGGGUGACAUACUUCAACAAGCCAGAUAUUGACGCCUGGGAAUUGUGUAAAGGGAUGAACAUGCUUGUUGGCUAUACUCUGGUUCCAGAACCUAAAAUCAUUGAUGCUGCUUUGCGGGCAUACAGAUGGUUAAAUGAUUUUGCUAGUGCAGUUCGCAUCCUAGAGGUUGUUAAGGACAAAGCAGGACCUCAUAAGGAAAUCUACCCCUAUGUCAUCCAGGAACUUAGACCAACUUUAAAUGAACUGGGAAUCUCCACUCCAGGGGAACUGGGCCUUGACAAAGUGUAAACCCCAUGGAUGGCUUCUCAAGGAUUUAUUCAUAAUGCUACUUGAUUAUAAACAGUCACCUGGAAUUACUGAUGAUAACGUAUUACCUUAUUUGAACAAGUUUUCCUUUAUUGAGUACCAAACCAUGUAAUGGUAACUUGGACUUUAAUAAAAGGGAAAUGAGUUUGAACUGAAAAAAAA